GCUUCGGACUCUCAGCACAGAGGCUCCUGUGUGGGGGGCAGGGAGGAGAUUUAGAGUUUCUGUUCUACAUCUGAUCUCUUUGCUGCUCUGCCCUCAUGUAACUGCACUUGGAGCUAGAGAAGGAGCCUGAGAGAACCCAGUGGGUCUGUCCCUGCCUGGCUCCCCUCGGGGUCUCCCAGGGACUCUUCUGUUGAAUGCUGUGAGCCUGGUUGUAUUGUAGCUGCAAAUAGAAAAACCGAACCCCUUGUUUCUCCGACUCAGAGCACCUGGGAAUCGCAAUAGAUAUUUGCUGACAGCGGCUCAGGCACGGCUACGGUUAAUGAGUCUGCUCCCCAGAAGCACUCAUGGCUUUGUCUCUUUCAGGCCCUGGAUCUAACACGCUCAGGAAACGAGCUUCCUGUCAAGUCCUAGUCCCAGCUUCCUUCACAGUUUUGAUCAUCGUCAUCGUUACUCUAGCAGCACUUUUAGCAGUGGAAAAAUCCAAACCACCUGUGGGUGCUGCUGGGCCCAGCUGCCCGGACGGCUGGAUCGGAUACCGAGGGAAAUGCUAUUAUUUCUCAGAGACUGAAGGGAACUGGACCUACAGCCAGAGCCAGUGCUCUGCACUCAGCGCCUCCCUGGCUGGGAUCGACAGUGAGCAGGAAAAGAAUUUCCUGCUGCGCUAUAAGAGCUUCCUCGACCGUUGGGUUGGCCUCCAGAGGGAGCCAGGCCAGGCCUGGAUGUGGCCCAACGGCACCGAAUUCGACAACCGGUUUCCGAUAAGAGGAGGUGGUGACUGUGCUUUUCUGGUGGAUGACGGCUGGUUCGGCAGCUCGCGGUGCAGCACAGGGAGACGCUGGAUCUGCAGUAAAUCCGAUGCCUGUACAAUGGGGACGGGACGUGCUGUGGAGUCAAAACUUGGAGACUCUUAGGAACGAGGCCUGGAAAAGCUUUAUUGGGGGCACACCUUCCACUACCUGUAGAUGAAGGAGGCCGGGUCUGUAUUCUUUACAGACUCUCCCCAGGGCUUCCCUUGGGGAAAUAGAUCUCUGGAGUUAGAUUCUUUGGGGCUAGAUGAUAUUUUCCCUCAGUUUAAUGCCAUUAGUUUGAGUUCUCUGCUCCCACCUGGGUUCUGCUUAACCAGCCUCUUCCCUCCUUGGGGUUCUCCCCUCUCAGAUCGUGGCCCAGCACAGAGGUUCCCAAACGGGUACAGGAGCUCAUUGGAAGGGACACACAGUAACAAGCCAACCCCUUUAAAUGAAGCUGGUCCAGUGCCCCUGUGCUAGAACAGGUGACCCACGUUUGGCCGGUUAAGGGGGCAGGGCAGCGCUUGGAGCUAUAGAGGGUCAGGGAGAAUCAGUGAGGAGGAAGAAGUCCUUGAAGGAAGUUACAGGAUGUUGCUAGGGGAAGGCUGAAGACAGGGAAGUGGCAGAUGGAUUUACCCGCUGCUGUCCCCAUGCUGGAGCCAGAGAGAGCUGAGGACCAGGGGAACAAUGGUACGGUAGAUCUGCUAGAGAUGAAAGGUAACAGAACAGGACGAGUGCUGGAUAUUUCCCUGGUGACGAUGAACUCCCAGGGGAGAGGCUGUGGGUGCUGCUGCUGGGAAGAGUGGGUUUGCGCUCCAGCUGGAACACCUUGGCUGGCUGACAUGGUAGAAGGACAGGAGAGGACCAAAGAAGAGUCCAGAUGUGGUGGAAGACACUGGUGUGUGCUCCAUUGAUGGACCAGAUGUCAAGGGAUUUUAAGGACUAUAUGCGCUGGGGGUGAUAAAUGGACUAUGGUUUGGAACCUUGCCGUGGACUAUUUGCGCCAGGUUUUAGUAAUAAACUGAGCCCAGGGAUGGGUCCCAGCUGGGGGGAUAUGCUGUGACUUUAAAAAAAAAAAAAAAAUCUGAAAAGAUCAAAUUUUGAUUAUUUAAAUAAAAACAGGUUUAUUUAUUUAUGUAUUUUUACAAAUAAACCUGUGUUGAAGCCUAAACUUGUCUCUUACAAUGACAUGUUACAUAUAAAACUUAAUACUAAGCAGGACAUAUUUGCUGCCAAGUUUUAAUGACGGUCAGACCACCGAACUGCUGGAAAACCUGGGAUAAGCACCAUGAACCAGAGUUUGCUGAAGGUCUAAACCAGCUUUUGACAGCGGUCGCCUCUUCUGCAGGUGUAGAGAGAAUAUUUUCUUCUUUUCAGUUUAUUCAACUAGUUCAUUUAAAGUUAAGGAACCACCUGGGGAGUUGGCAAACUAGUUUUUCUGGGUUUUUUUUUUCUUCCAAUGUGUGAAUAAAAACUAGGUGUGAGAAGACAAGAUCUACUAGUUCUAAAUCCUGAGGGACAUGGUGACCAGAAAUAAUCAGUUCAAUUCACUAACUGCAGCUACUACUGCCUUUGUUUAAUACAUCGGCUUUAAAUGCAAACUAUGGUUUGAUAAGAAAAAAAGUUUAUGUAUCCAAAACAGUUAUGGUUGUUUUUUUUAAAUAAAAUAUUAAAAUGCUGA